AUGACUCUUGACCGGCGGACAGUUCGGGCGCUGCUGCUCCUGACGGCGGUGGCCCUCCACGGCGCCUCCUCCCUGCCCACCGCUUCCCUGGCUGACGUCCUCGCUCGGGCACGCCACCAGGAGGCGCCCUCCUCCCGCCGCCUGCAGGUUCUCGACCCAGAAACCUUAAGGAAGAACAUCACCCUGGCGGAGGAGGAGAAGGAAGAGACGGCGAAGGCGGCGAAGGAGGAGGACGAGGACGAGGACCACAUGGAGGGCCUUCUGGAGUACCUGGAGCUCGAGACCCUGGACGCUGAGGACCCGAGGAUGACCUCUCCGACGGGCUGA